AUGAAAGGAAUUCUAUCGUCUGAAGAACAACCUGUUCUCUAUCCACUGAUGGUCCCACCCAAUCCUUCGGUUGGUGACAGCAUUGAAAUUGUAUGUACAAUUAAAAGAGGAAGUUUGCCUAUUAAAUUUUCUUGGUUUUAUGAUGGAGUUGAAGUUUCGAAUGAAAAAAAAAAGAAAAUAACUAUCGGUGACAGGAGCUCGCACUUUUCUGUUGGAAAUAUACGAGCAUCAGAUAUUGGAAAUUACACUUGUGUAGCUAGCAAUAAGUUUGGAACAGACAGCAAAACUCAAAGUGUGAUUGUUGAAGUUAAUGGUCAGAGUGAUAAGCCAGUUCUGAAUCCAAUCCUUGUCCCCCCUAAUUUAUCUUUAGGAGAUAUGACAGAAAUAGUUUGUGCAGUAAGAAGAGGGAAACUGCCAGUUUCAUUCCACUGGCUUCACAAUGGGAAAGAAAUUUCCAGCCAUGGAAAGUAUAAAAUAAGCUCAACAGAAAGCAGUUCCAAUUUUAACAUUGGACAGAUACAGGCCACUGACAUUGGCAACUAUACCUGUGUUGCCAAUAAUAGAUACGGAGAAGAUAAAGUAACCAUAAGCUUAGUGAUCGAAGGGGUUCCAGAAGAACCACCAGUAUUGAAUCCCAUGUUUGUUCCUCCAAAUCUAGCUAUUGGAGAUAAUGUUGAGCUUUUGUGCAUUAUUAAAAGAGGAAGUUAUCCUGUGCAAAUAAAGUGGUUGCAUAAUGGAAAUGAAAUUAAGUCUUUACAAAAGUUUAAAAUCAUGAACAGCGAUAGCAGUUCUCACUUAUCCAUUGGAAAAAUACAGGCUUCUGAUAUUGGUAAUUACACAUGUUUUGCAAAAAACAGUUACGGGCAAGACAGCUUUACUGUGCAAUUAGUUAUUGAAGGCGAUACUACAAACAUUCCUCCAGUCUUGAAUCCAAUGUUUGUGCCUCCUAACCUUGCUCUUGGUGACAUUACAGAAAUGUUCUGCAUAAUUAAACGUGGAAGCUUUCCGGUAACUUUUAAGUGGUAUCAUAAUGGCGUAAAUUUAAAUGGAAAGCAGAAAUAUAAAAUAAUUAACAGCGAAAGCAGCUCUCAUCUGUCUAUUGGUAAAAUACAAGCAUCAGAUAUUGGUAAUUACACAUGUGUCGUUACCAACAGAUUUGGAAAAGACAGUGGUACAGUUAAUGUUAUUAUUGAAGGUAAGAAAUAA